ACAUUUAUUCCACCAAAAAAGAAAGAAAGAAAAAAACUGCCUAACUUUUCAACCCAAAAUGCCUCAAUUAUCCAAAACUAUUUCUUCAAAGAAUUUAAUCACACACCAUAAUAACUUCAUUUUCACCAUCUCUCUCCUCCUCUCAUCUUUUCUACCUCUAACCCUAUCUUAUUAUUAUGAUCAUAAUAAUAUCAAGUGUUCAUUUCCUAAGGAGUGUGAUGAGGCUGAAACUAAGGGCAUGUUUGUGUUUGGAAGCUCUCUGGUUGACAAUGGCAACAAUAACUUCUUUGAGAAUAGGGCAAAAGCAGAUUAUUUGCCCUAUGGAAUUGACUUCCCAAACGGUCCCUCUGGGAGAUUCACCAAUGGGAAGAACAUAAUCGAUCUGAUUGGGGAACAUCUUAAUCUACCAACCUCCAUUCCUCCUUUUAAAGACCCUUCUACUAAGGGACUCAAAGUUGUUUAUGGUGUCAACCAUGCUUCUGCUUCUUCUGGUAUUUUGGACGACACUGGCAUCAUUGCUGGCAAUGUAACCAGCUUGAGUCAACAAAUGAGAGACUUUGAAGAGGUGACCUUACCAGAGUUAGAAAAUGUGUUAGGUUGCAGAAGCUACGAUUCACUUCCAAAUUAUUUGUUUGUGAUCGGAGUGGGAGGAAACGACAUCGUUUUCAAUUACUUUCUCAGGAGAAUCUAUCUCACUGUUGAUGCCCUAACCUUCACGGCCAGUCUCACUGCUACUCUAGCUAACUAUCUCCAGAAGCUGUACAGUUUAGGAGGAAGGAAAUUUGUAUUAACAGCAGUAUAUCCAUUGGGAAACAAUCCAAUGAUAGAGCUAAACAUGCCUAAUUGUGCCACUUGCCUUAGUCUUCUGAACCAAGCAGCUCAGCUCUACAACACCAACUUGGUCUCAUUAGUGGAACGUUUAAGAACCCAAAUGCCUGGCUCUCAUUUUGUUAUCAUCAAUACAUAUAACAUUGUCACUGAAAUCUUAUCCAAUCCUGCUCCCAAAGGAUUUACAAACACAAUCAGUAGUUGUUGCCAAGUGUUGCCCAGGACUCAAGGUGGAAUAAAUGGAGUUGUGUGUGAAAGAGGUGGGGAAACAUGUGAAGAUAGGAGUAAGUAUGUGUACUUUGAUGCCUUGCAUCCAACAGAGGCUGUAAAUGUUCUCAUUGCAAAUCAGGCCUAUGCUUCUCAUAACAAAUAUAUGGUUUUUCCCAUUAAUGUCCAACAACUCACUCAACUUUAACAUACUUAUUAUAAUGCUUAUUCAACCAACUGUAUAAUAAAUAUAUUGUGAUGUAAAACCAUAUAGGUUUUCCUAUAAUUUAUACAAAGUUGUUUCUGAU